ACAUUUCUCCUGUCAAAACCUCACUGCGGAGCUUGCCAGUUGCACAUUGAAGUUAGCGUCUUUGCACUUGGCAGUAGCAUAACUGCAAGCUAACCAUGGCAGGCAAGAGGGCGUUAGUAAUCCUGUCUAAAGGCGCAGAGGAGAUGGAAACGGUUAUUCCUGUGGACAUCAUGCGUAGAGCUGGGAUUGCAGUGACGGUCGCAGGACUAACGGGCAAAGAGCCAGUCCAGUGCAGCAGAAACGUCGUCAUUUGUCCUGAUGCUAGCCUAGAGGAUGCCAGCAAACAGGGCCCAUAUGAUGUAGUGCUUCUGCCCGGAGGAAUGCCAGGGGCCCAGAAUCUGGCUGAGGUGAGAUAUACUUAGAGAAACUACACAUAAAUGGCUCAAUUUCUUCAUGUUUUGAUCUGCUA